CUUUACUCGUGUCGCAAAUCGCCUGUCGACGAGCCAAACUCACGCCAAUUGGACAGUAAUGCGCAGAGCGGACGUUGAAGCAUUAAGUAACUCCAGCAGGCGGCACGCCAAAAGCAUGCUAGCCAGUCAUUUCGCGCAGGUUGCUUGAGCAGAGCAAAACCGCCCCACGUCUCGUCCAUACAUCACCGGCGGCGGCGGCGGCAGAGGGCCAACAAUGAAACGAGCAGAGGGCUCCCCGUCUACUGGAUAGUGCACGGGGCUCCGUGUGGAGAGGGGCCGGCCCCUUCUGGGAAGCCGCCGCCCUCUCGGGAGGCAAGGCCGCUCUGCUCCUCCUCCUCUCCUCCACCCCUCCUCCCUCGAGGAAGCGCAGCUCACUCGUCCAGGGGGUCCGUCGACUCCAUGACGUCUCCAGCCAUUGGUUGCCCAGGGCACAAAGCCUGGACCGCUUUCCUAAAUAUACCCUUUGCAACGCACCCCAGGAACCGGUUCCGCAGCUCGGUGAUCGGCAUCGACUGGUUUGGCUGCGCCCGCCUUGGAGGUGACGUCUUGAACCAUUUCAGCGCUGGGUAUGGACCAACCAUGGGUGCGUUCGCAGUGUCAUUGCACCGCUCCAGCGCAUGCGGCCUGCCUCUCUCCACGCCCCAGUCGAACCAGUACUUGCUCCACAGACGUCCGCCGUCCUGGUCUUUGAAGCUCGGGUAAGGCACGUAGAUGGGGAGACAAUAGUGGAGAAAAUUGGGGGCUUGAUGACCAGGUGGCGCCUGCUGCGGCGAGCGACCUGGUAUGAGGAACGAAAGGAUCUCCUCGACGUCCGUGUAGCACGCGUCCACGCGCAGGGCUUCAACGGCCUGCCAGUCUUCGAAAGAAGCCACAGCGGACGAUAGCAUCAGAUUUUCCUGAAUGAACUGCCGACGACCUCUGUGAGCAGUGACCAAACUCCAACUCCACAUAUCAAUGUAAUAACCCUUGGGCGCAUACUUGUGCAACCGUGCGUUGAUGCUGUUCCAAUCUGGCGCAAGCCAGUCCCAGUCAUCCCGGUGCGCUAUGUAGGGCACCCCAGAGCCAUGAAAAGUGCCAAACUCGUAGAGUGUCAGGCCUCUGCAGCCUGUCUCCCCGUCCUUGUCACCGCUACAAACCCAACUCAGGAACUCGUCCUCACUCAUAUUGUGCCCCUCGAAAUUAAAGUGAUACAGGGUACUAUCCAACUGUGGCCUCAAAUUUUCGUACCGCUGGCCCACAACAAAGCCCUUCUGCACUCGAGUUGGCACGGGCCCCGCCCAGUCGGGGGGCGCCGCGGCCGUGUCCAGCUUCGCGGUGAGAGGGCGCAGGAAGACAAAAUCUGGGUCCACCAGGGCCAGGACGUCCCUUGACGGCCCUGCCUUGCUGUACCACUGGUAGAACCCGUGCGGCUUGCUCAGCCAUAUCAUAUAUCGACGUCGCGUUAUUGAAGGCCUCCACGAAGUACUGCGUGAACCGUGGGGGCCAGGCGAGGGCUCUGUGGCGCUCCUGCAGGUGGUCCCUCAUGAACUCGUCACACCCGGAGACUAUCGCGGUCAGAGGUCCGGGCUGCCCGGCCGACAGGGCGGAGAAGAACAGCAGCUCGCUCUGCCACAGGUUGAACGGGCGGCAGUCCACGGUGAACACGACGUGGACCUCUUCGGCAGUGCCGGUCUGCUCCAGAGGCCGCGUGUGGAGCGGCGGCUCCGGGCGGCGAGCUUCAGCGGAGGGGGGUGGCGAGGAGGGUGCGGGGGUGGCGCGGAGGAGGGGGGGAGGCUUUCCCGACGACGGCCAGGACGCAGAGCCAGGCUCCUUGACGGGACGCUUCAGGUAGAAGCUCCACUGCGAUGCCACUGCUGCGGAAUCAAAGAGCUCCAACGGUUCAGGAGUCCACUCAUGCGCCACCAGCUGAUCAGGCAUCUCGGCAAACUUGUAGCACUGCCCCCAGUGGCUCGAGUGUCUCAGAAAACCUGCACACUGCCCAUCACCACAGCAAUCGACGAAAGGAUUUGCCUCCUCACAGGAGCCCGCAGUCGCACUAACGUUCGACCACACGUGGUAGACGAUGUCCCAAUUGCAGCCUGACGCCAGCGGGUCGGGAACGAAUGAUUGCAUCGGGAACAUGGCCUGAGAGGCUAUCUCUCCAUACUGCUCUGCAGAAAGGGAAGCCACGCCUCUGGAAGAGCCAUGAAAAACGCCAAGGCAGUACACGCAGAUGCCGCCAACGGCCAGCAGGACAUGCUGGUAACUGCCCCGUGCUCGAGUGGUCAUGUCCUGCCGUCUCGAGCAGGAAGCCGUGGUCUGCUCGACGAACGCAUCAUAGCACCAUCGCCCUGCGGCUCGAUGGCCGAAACCUUAGCCGAAAUGACCUUGAGCCAAAAUGGAUACGGGCGAGAUGGAGGAGGAGGAGGAGAAGCCUUUUCGCCAAACUUAC